AUGACCGCAUUCGUGUGGUCUCGGCUGAUGACCCGCGUCGGCGAUGAAAGUCUCGCUGUUGCCGAAGAGGAUGCGGAUAUUUAUGCCGAGAGAGAAGAGGUCGCCAUUCACGAUGUUGUUGUCCAGAUGUUCGAAUCGCUGAUUCCAUCAAACGUGGUCAAUGCACUCGCUACUGAUAGUCUUCUAGCCGUGCUUGUGACCUCCGUGAUUGUGGGGUAUUUAAUCAACGGACCGGACUCCUCUCUCCUCCGUGCAACCAAGGAAGUCGAGCGAAUAGUCCUUGUCAUCAUCACCUUCCUCAUCAAACUUGCCCCCAUUGGGGUUUUCUUCCUAAUUCUUCCAAACCUGUUCCGACUCGACCUUGCUGAGAUCGGCCAGAAUCUAGGUGUUUUGAUCGGUGGAAGUGUUGGCGGCAUGUUUAUACACCUAUUCAUCGUUCUUCCUAUUAUCUACUUCGCGAUCGUCAGGGAGAACCCUUAUACAUUUUGGUUCAAGAACUCACCUGCCUGGCUUACUGCCUGGGGAACAGCUUCCUCUGCCGCCACAUUGUCUGUAACUAUGAGGUGCAGUCUUCAAAGAGGUGUUCCUAAGACUAUUGUCGACUUCGCAGUACCCCUUGGCUGUUUGAUCAACAUGGAUGGAACUGCGAUCUAUUUCCCUCUCGUUGUAGUGUUCAUGGCGGUGACCCAGGGUAUUACACUGAAUGGCGCCGACUAUGUCAUUAUCUGUCUUCUCUCCACCCUUGCAUCUAUCGGCACAACGCCUAUACCGAGCUCGUCCCUUGUUCUCACCGUUAUGAUAGCUGGUAGUGUCAACGUGCCGCUGACUGGAAUGUACGCUGUUGUCGUGGCAAUUGACUGGUUCAUCGACCGUUUCCGGACAGCUACAAAUGUUAGCGGGGACCUGUUCGCGGCGAAGAUUAUGGAGAGGUUAACGGGCAUUAAAGAUCCUGACAAUGCCGCCUCUGUGCAAGAAAAUGAGCAACAACAGAUGCAUCACAUUGGUGACCCUUCUGAUAGAGUUUGA